AUGGACAGUGACGCCGGCUUCACUGCCGAGGCAGUGCCUGCGCCACGACAAAAGUCACAACAUGUUGGUGGUCGAAGGAAGGGCACGGCUUGUGCCCGGUGUCGCUCACAGAAGAUCAAGUGUGAUGACGAGACUCCAUCAUGUUCGAACUGUGCUAAGGUUGGACAGCCAUGCAUUCGAGCCAAUCUUGGGAAUAACCCAGAUGCCAUCAGCUAUAUCACGCAGACUGAGGCACGUCUGCGUGCACUCGAGGAAUCCCUUCGUCGGAUAGCACCCGAGGAGCUGGACAAGGCGCCUCAGGUAACAGAGAGGUCUCGGGUCGGGAGUGUCCCAGAGACUUCGCAAGACUGGCUCAGGCAGUCUUCCCUCUCAGAGCCUCAUCGCGAAAGCAUACGCUCUUCACAUCAAUAUCCUCAAGAUCAACCCGCCAAUGCAGUACCAGACCUGACACCGGGCUCGGUGCAGCGCCUUUCACAUUCCCACAGCCUAUCACGGAGUCAUAGUGAAAACAUUGGAUCCGCUGCAGCGGCCAGCCCGGCGACACAGAUCGGUCCGAGUGAGCCGCUUGCGCAUGAGGUUGGCUUACUCUCACUUGCUAACGCCGCCGAGCCUAAGUACCUCGGACCAUCUUCAGGCGUGCCGUUUGCUCGCCUGAUCUUCGCAGCUAUUCCUCAGUCUCAAGGAUUGAGUACAAACUAUUGGAAUUCGCCACAAGGAAAUGUGACUGAUGGCUCGACGAGAGCGGCCCUGAAACCGGCCCUUCCGUUACCACCGGAUUGGGCGCCAGAAGUGGAUUUGCAGCAUUUCGUCGAUGCCUACUUCGAGACAUGGCAGCCACUGUAUCCAUUCCUCAACGAGGAUGACAUUGCAGGGAGCCUUGACGUCUUAUUCACCGGACAGGCUUCUGCUGCGCACUCUCUCCAAAUGCCUCAGCUGCGUGAUAUUGAGGCUGCUUUAUCUCCAUUCCACGCAGUUCAGUUGUUUCUCGUUGUCGCGUUGGGCGCGCGCACCCUUGAAGCACGCCUCUCGUCCGAGUUUGCGUCGGCCCGGUACCUGGCAACAGCGAUGUCCCGACUAGACCGACUUGCACUGCAUGACAGCCUCGAGGGGCUGCAGACGAUGCUGUUGUUGACCUUGUCAGGAUUUUGUUUUGAGCAUGGGCCUAACGCUUGGUUCCUGAGCCAGAACAUCAUUGCGACCUGCCUUGAUCUUGGCUUCCAAAGGCGAUGGCAAGAGCCUCCUCCACAUGACGCGUCCUCAGAGGCACUUAGCCAGUACGAAGUCCGCAGAGAUCUUCGGCGAGCAAUAUUCUGGUCAGCCUAUUCAAUUGAGAGGAACUUGGCGGUCGUUCUUGGUCGGCCACUCACAAUUCGUGAUGAAGCACUUGAUGUACAAUUUCCUGGUACGGAGAGUGAUGCAAACAGUGAUAUCAUGUCGGCAUUGGAGUCUUCUUCGAAUCCGGCUAAGCGGAUGCGAGCUGAAAUUUCCCCGUACAAGGCGGCUCAUUACUCCUUCCGGUUCGAUCAGAUCACGGCGGAGAUCAAGCUGAUGCUAUACCGUGUUAAGAACAAGCCCGACGUAUUUCCGUGGCCAACAGACGUCAAUGAAUGGCAAGGAAAGUGCCAUCAACGCUGCGAUGAGCUAGUUGAGAGCCUACGCAAUGACUUGAAAUGGCGGUCUCGCCGUCGAACUGCCGAUGGCAUUGUGCAAAGACUGGAGCUCAAAUAUCACCAGUGCCUGAUGCUUCUACAUAGACCGUCACCUGCUACCUCGAGACCACGCGCUGAGUCGUGGAAGACAUGCUACAACAGUGCAUCACAGACUAUCCUCAUCCACUCGGAGAUGCACCGCUUCUCCAAGAUGCCCAAUACAUGGCUGACGGCUCACACUAUUUUCGUCAGCGGGAUCACCUUCCUCUACUGCCUCUGGGUAAACGCCGCAAUCAAAGAGAAGACUUCCAUGGACGAGUUCAACCGAAUCGCGUCUGCAUGCUCUGCCUUGCUAAAAGUCCUCGGCAAGGCAUGGAGUGUAGCUGCUGACGCGGUCGAGAAAUUUGACAGGCUAGUGUCAUUGACCUCGUCGUCUUGGAACUCGUGGAAGGAGGCGCAGGCGGAGCGCCGCACUGAGAUCGCGGCUGGCGCCUCGCUUGUAUCUCUGGCGCAAGAUGGUGCCGUUGCAGAGACCACUACUGCUGUAAACCAAGCAGACGUAUUCGAAGAUGUCGGAGGCUUCAACCUGGUUGAGCCCGAAUUCUUCCUCACUGAGCUUGGAGAUAUGAGCUCGUGGUUUGAUCUGGACUGGAUCGGAGAGGGCUUCAACUUUGAUGACAAUAAUCCUACAUAUCCGGCCAUUUGA